UGCCAUGGUGAACCAGAUUCUGCAGAAGUCUGAGGCUGCUGGCAAGAAGUUUGAAGCUGACAUCUCCGAUCUCAAGACCCGCCUGAAGACGGAAGAAACUAAGAUCCGGAAAGCCAAUGCCAAAUUUGUGUCCAGUAUUGCUACGCAAGAAAAGCUGAAGACGGACUUUGACGCUAAACGGAAGGCUUGGGCUGAAGAAAAGGCUACUCUGGUGAACCGGGCCGAACAGGCGGAGAAGGCUCUGACAGAGAAGACCGCCGAACUCUCCGGCUUAAAGCGCCAAGUGUCCCAGAUGGUUGCCGCAAUCUUCGGUAAGUCAUUCCACCGGCUUUCGUCCAAUUUAUAA